AUGAGCAAUCAGUACCAAGAGGAGAGCUGCUCUGAGAGGCCUGAAUGCAAAAGUAAAUCUCCAACUUUGCUCUCCUCCUACUGCAUAGACAGCAUCCUGGGCAGGCGGAGUCCCUGUAAAAUGAGAUUGCUAGGAGCUGCUCAGAGCCUGCCUUCUCUGUCUAGCCGGACAGAUCAGGAUAAGGUCGCGCAAGGCUCCCCGAAGGGCAGUAGCCCCCAGUUCGAAGCGGAACUUCACCUGCCCCCCAAGCUGAGACGCCUCUACGGUCCGGGAGGGGGCCGCCUUCUGCAGGGAGCGGCGGCGGCGGCGGCGGCGGCAGCGGCGGCGGCAGCUGCAGCGGCGGCCGCGGCGGGCCCUCGCGGGGAGCCCCAGCAGCAGAGGUCUGGAGAUAGGCCCGACGGGGCCGGAGCCGGAGCCGGGGUUGGGGCCACCUCCGCCUGGGACACGCUCAAAAUCAGCCAAGCGCCGCAGGUCAGCAUUAGCCGCAGCAAGUCGUACAGGGAGAACGGGGCCCCCUUCGUGCCACCGCCGCCCGCCCUAGACGAGCUGGGGAGCAAGGGAGGCGCCCCGCACCCCGACGACAGGCUAGGCCAAGUAGCUUCGGCCGCCGCCGCCUCCUCGGGUCCCCCGGGCCCGGAGGACGACGAGGAGGAGCUGCUGGAGGACGAGGAGGAGGACGACGAAGAAGAAGAGCUGCUGGAGGACGACGAGGAGGAGCUCCUGGAGGAUGACGGCAGGGGCCUCCUGAAGGAGCCCAGGCGCUGCACCGCCGCCACCGCCGCUGCAGCCGCGGCCGCCGCUGCCGCCGCCGCCGCCGCCGCAGCAGAGGGCGGGGAGCUGUCCCCCAAAGAGGAGCUGCUGCUGCACCCUGGCGAGGACGGCGAGGGCAAGGACGGCGAGGACAGUGUGUGCCUGUCGGCGGGCAGCGACUCCGAGGAGGGCCUGCUCAAGAGGAAGCAGCGGCGUUACCGCACCACCUUCACCAGUUACCAGCUGGAGGAACUGGAGCGCGCUUUCCAAAAAACCCAUUACCCCGACGUUUUCACCAGGGAAGAGUUGGCCAUGAGAUUGGAUCUGACGGAAGCCCGAGUACAGGUCUGGUUCCAGAACCGACGGGCCAAGUGGCGAAAAAGGGAGAAAGCUGGAGCUCAGACUCACCCUCCAGGUUUGCCUUUUCCUGGUCCUCUCUCAGCAACCCACCCCCUCAGUCCAUACCUGGAUGCCAGCCCUUUCCCUCCUCAUCACCCAGCUCUGGACUCAGCCUGGACUGCUGCUGCAGCUGCAGCUGCUGCUGCCUUUCCCAGUCUACCUCCUCCACCUGGCUCUGCAACUUUGCCACCAAGUGGGACUCCACUAGGCCUCAGCACUUUCUUGGGUGCAGCAGUAUUCCGGCAUCCAGCCUUCAUCAGCCCUGCAUUUGGAAGGCUCUUUUCCACGAUGGCUCCUCUGACUAGCGCUUCCACCGCUGCCGCCCUCCUGAGACAGCCCACUCCCGCGGUGGAUAGCGGGGUGCAGUCAAGUGCGCUCUCGGACCCCGCCACAGCUGCCGCGGACAGACGGGCUUCAAGCAUAGCAGCUCUGAGGCUGAAAGCAAAAGAACACGCCGCCCAGCUGACACAGCUCAAUAUCCUCCCUGGGAACAGCACAGGGAAAGAGGUGUGUUAAAACCCGCCCCAGCACCACCACCGGUAAUCAGAAUAAAAGGUCACCUCAAAUAGCACCAAUCAAGACCAAAUGCUAAAAAGAGGACCAGCAAACUAAGACGUUGGAGAGGUUCUCGAGUUAGGAACUUGGAGAAAGAAAGCAUCCUUUGCUACAGUGCUCUCCUGGGUAAACCAACACUAACAGCUCCUGAAUAGCAAAUUCCUUGGCUGGUACCUUUUUUCCUCCCCUUAAAUGUCCAACCUGCUGAUUCGUUUUUUCAUCUCU